AUGUGGAUUGUGGAAGACAUUGAUAUCGAGUUAUUUGGGACCGACGGCCUCCUUAAAUAUAUGGCUCAAAGGGCAAACCGUAUACGACGGUUACGACUUUUUGACUGUAAAGAAAUUACAUAUAAUGUGUUGACUAGAUUUGUGAAGAAGUUUUCACUAUUGGAAGAGUUUGAAUAUUCAGGUAGCAACAACCUAUCUAAGGAUUGCCUUGAAAUUAUUGGUCAAUGUUGCCCUCUUUUGAAAUCACUAAAUCUUGAGAGGUUGUUUUUCUUGGAAACUAUGAGAAAGUUGUUCUUAUACUCCUAUGACAAGUCUGAUGAUGAUGUAUUUGCUAUUGCAAAAACAAUGCCAGGGUUACGCCAUCUUGAAUUGCAUGGAAUUGCUCUUGACAAUGUUGGGUUGAUUGCUAUUCUUGACAGUUGUCCUCUUCUUGAAUCUCUUGAUUUGCGAGAUUGCUUUUGUUAUCUGAGUCCAAGUUUGGAGAAAAGGUGUCGUGAGAAAAUAAAAGAUUCACAAUUUCCAAAUUACUCUUCAGACGACCGUUACUACUUACUACUAUGA